UCUGGACCUUCUGGCUGCCCAUACAUGUCCCUCAGCUCAGUAGCCCCUCGUGCUGCGGGGCCAACAUCAGUUCAAGUUCACGCUCUUUCUCCCUUAAUUAAGCUCAUACCGGCCACCGACAAACGUCAAAAUGCGCUUACCCUGGUCUUUCAUUUUUCUAGUUUUUACUGCCUGCUGUUCGGAGGGCAGCGAUGUGCUCGAGCUUGGAGAUUCCGACUUUGAUCAGGGCGCAGCCGGGCACGAGACUAUGCUGGUGGAGUUCUUCGCUCCUUGGUGUGGACAUUGCCAGAGGCUUGCUCCAGAAUAUGAGACUGCUGCCACAAAGCUGAAAGGGGCAGUACCUCUAGCAAAGGUUGACUGCACAGUGAACUCUGAGACCUGUGAGCGUUUUGGAGUGAAUGGAUACCCCACCCUUAAAAUCUUCCGCAAUGGAGAGGAAGCUGAAUCCUAUGAUGGCCCCAGAACAGCAGAUGGAAUUGUGAGCUAUAUGAAAAAGCAGGCAGGGCCAAGUUCUGUGGCUCUGCUCAGUGGAGCAGAUUUGGAUUCUUUUGUUGACAACUACGAGGCCAGUGUGGUGGGCUUUUUCUCUGGGGAUGACAGUGCACAGCUUGCAGAGUUUCUGAACGUCUCCAGUGCCCUGAGGGACAGCUAUCGAUUUGCUCAUUCCACUGAUCUGAGAACAGGCCUGAAACAUGGGGUAGAUGGAGAAUGUGUUCUGUUGUUCCGUCCCCCACACCUAAACAGCAAGUUUGAGGACAGUAUGGUGAAAUAUACAGAAUCUGUUUUGAUUCCCUCUUUCCGUACAUUCAUCCGAGAUAAUGUAUUUGGUCUCUGUCCACAUCUAACCACUGACAAUAGGGACCAUCUGAAAGGAAGUGACCUGCUUACUGCGUAUUACAAUGUUGAUUACAUACGAAAUGUAAAAGGCACCAACUACUGGAGGAACAGAAUAAUGAAGGUGGCGACUCAGUUCCAGGAUCGAGGUCUGAGUUUUGCAGUGGCAGAUCGGCAUGAGUUCCAGGAUGAGCUCGAGGAGGAGUUUGGUUUGGGUCUGUCUGAGGGAGGAGAGAUUCCCAUCGUCACCAUACGGACCAGAGCAGGACAUAAGUACUCCAUGCAGGAAGAAUUCACGAGAGAUGGCAAGUCUUUAGAGAGGUUCUUGGAGGAUUACUUUGCCAACAGGUUGAAAAGAUAUGUAAAAUCGGAGCCUGUUCCAGAGUCCAACGAUGGCCCCGUCAAGGUCGUGGUGGCUGACACGUUUGAGGAGAUUGUGAAUGAUCCAGAGAAGGAUGUAUUGGUUGAAUUUUACGCUCCCUGGUGCGGCCAUUGCAAGAACCUGGAGCCCAAAUACAAGGAGCUUGGAGAAAAGCUAUCUGGGGACCCGAACAUUAUCAUUGGCAAAAUGGACGCCACUGUGAAUGAUGUCCCUCCAAAUUAUGACGUCCAAGGAUUUCCAACCAUUUACUUUGUACCCUCUGGACAAAAAGACCAGCCACGCCGAUAUGAGGGUGGUCGUGAUAUUAGUGACUUCAUCAGCUACCUGAAGAAAGAGGCCACAAAUCCGCUCAUCUUAAAUGACUCAAGGGAUGAACUGUAAAAAAGCAUAAAGACACUGAAUUUAACAGUGGAGAAAUGCACAGAACGACACUGAAGUGAUCAACUGAUAUUCAGCCAGACAAUUCAUUCACAGCUGAAAAGCAGCUAUUCUGUAUUACAUUAAAUGGGAUCAUCACAGCAAAUUAGCCCCACUGCUAUACCAAAUAUUCCCUUGUUAAAUAUCAAUCCCUAUGGACUGUAAAUGGACACAUGCUAAGGAAUGGAGUUUAAAAUGUUUGUUGAAAUAUUUUUCUUUUCAUCAGUUAUUGUUCAACAAUCUGCCACUUUUUGUAAGUUGCCACAAUUUUCUUUCAUUCUCAAUUUACAAAAUGCACUGCUAGUGAGAAAGAGGUUGUGUUAAUAGGUCAUUUAUUGCACACAUGAACAUUAAUGUAGCACCCUAAAGAGUAACUGAUGCUAAUGUUAUUUUUAUUUUGGUAAUGGAGUAUAUUACAUUUGUAACACUAACAAUAAGAAUACUGUACAGGUCAAAUAGUUGACGUGCUGAGAUCACAGAUAUUUCUUAUCAUUUUGAAUGAAUGCACCUGUUUAAAUUAAGAAAAUGUUUUACCUCAUUACAAACUUUUUGCUCAUGUUUAGUUUACAACAUUUAGGUUUUGGUGUUGAUACAUUAUAAUUUAAAUAUUGCAAAGUCUGUUUAUGGUCUGUUCAGAUAUUACCAUAAAACUUUAACAUUUCGAAUCCAUAGGAUGUGUUAUAGAGAUUCUGUAAGUUUUAAAUGGGGCACCUUUACUUCCUCCUCAUGUCUGUCAUGCCAAAUCAAAUGUCUGUCAGGGCUUAUUUUGGAUCAGUUGCUCCGUCCAUAUAUGUGAGGACAUGAGACAACUGCUCCCAGGCAAGUUUGAUAUUUGCAGAAAUAAUAAAGGAAUGGACAGACACUUUA